UAGGUGUCUUUCGUGGGGCGAAGGGCGGCCGGUGUUUCCCGACAUGAGUCGAGUGGCUCCGAGUGUGAGCAGAGCCCGACAUAUUCUGAAGAUCUUCUAAAUGUUGAGCCCGAGUCGUGAAGUGCUGCUCUUGAGGGGGGCGAGGUUGAACGGGAGGGAGACGACGAGGGAGCAAACAGGCGACGUUCGCACAGAUUUUCACCUCUGAAAGAAUCCCCACAUCUCCGCAGACUGCACCGCAGCUCCGACCGGCGAACGAAAAGGUAGAAUCAGGCAGGAUGGGGACCAUCAGUGUGAUCACACUCAGCUUCCUGGUCACCGUAGCUCUUUCUGCCCCUGUGAAAGUCGAUGACGACUCCAUGACCUUGUUCCAUGGGGAGGACUUUCACAUCCUGCUGCCCUCGCUCAUGUUGGAGGUCACGUUUCGCAACAGGUCUGCUCCGAGGGCGCCUGAUGUGGUCCUGAUGCAGGGCGGUCUCGUGGUCAACAAUCGGACCAAACUCAACCGCCACCUCAGCCACCUCAUUGUAGACGCUGUGGGUGAGGGAGACGAGGGCGUGUACAUGGUGAAGAAUCCAGAGAAGCCAGAGGACGUCAGACGCAUCACCCUUAUAGUCCGAGAUUGUUCCAAUGAACAGAUCAUUAAAUAUGGAGACAACUACCAUAUUCCGCUGUUGGGGGUGACUCCUCCCAUCACCCUGGAGUACAGGCCCAGUGCUGUGGAGGCCAACCAGACAUCUAGACCAGCUCUGGUGCUGCUGACCAGUACAGGGUUGUCCAGGGAGGGCUACCUGGGUCGUAUCAGCGUCAACGAGCGCCACGUCACCCUCAGUGCUGUCAUGGGUGCAGAUGAGGGUAGCUACACUGUCAGGGAUGCCGAAGGUGUUAUCCAAAGGAAAGAGUGUCUCAACGUCAAGGAGCACCAAAACUUUGUGACCCUGCCGUACGGUAAAAGACUCAAGAUCAACCUGAUACUCAACAGCUCCUUGGUCCAACUCUACUACACCCCUGAUUAUGCCCCUGACACCCCACCCCGUCUGCUGCUGGACAAGGGAGAAUUUACAAGUGCUCAAGAGGAUCUGCGUCUCGAGGGCCGUCUGUCUCUGGAGGGUUCAUUUGUUUUUCUAGAUCAGGUCAAGGGUGCAGAUGCAGGCCAGUUCAAAAUUACUGACAUGCUGGGAUUCACUGUGUCCAGCGUCCACCUGGGAGUACAACCCUACAAGCUGGAGUCACUGUAUGUGGCCAUCAUUGCCCUGUUGGGCCUGCUGGUUUUCCUUCUGCUGGUUUGCCUGCUGUCCUGUCUGAUCAAAGUGAAGAAGAGGGCCAAGAGGGCUGCUGCCCUGGAGAAGAUUGCCCAGAACGCUGGUAAAGAGGACGAGGGAGAGGCCUUCAGACAGGUGGUGAAGAACAUCACCAAACUGAGUGAGGAAUCCAAGCAUUCCCAGGCUGACAAUACAGAGAAAUCUCAGAGCACUGAGGUGGACAUUAAAGGUCUGGAGGUUUCCUCUAAAGAGGUUGGAAUUGGUAACCUAGAGACCAGUGACUCUGGUGUUGGCUUUAACACCGCCCUCCCACUGGACACUGACACAGAUGCCCCUGAUCAAAUCCCCGACUCCGAGGCUGUAAGCAUCUCUGUUGCUCCUGAAAUCAAACCAAGUCCACCAUCUGCUGCUGAGGCCAAGCCAAGCACUCCACCAGCUAUGGAAAUUAAGCCCAGUCCAGUCACUGAAACGAAAGCCAGCCCAACACCUGAGACCAAGAAAACCCCUGAUCAGCCCGUGGAAGUAAAGUUGGAUGUGCCCAAACCAGAAGAAAUUAAGCUUAGCCUGGCCCCAAGCCCUGAGCCCAAGGCUCGUCUGAGUCCAGCUGAUCCAAAGCCUGCACCCAGCCCAAGCCCAGAGCCGAAACGAGCUUCUCCUAAAGCCCCCACACCUGAAAGUAAGAGCGCCCUAACUCCUACACCUGAGCCCCCGAAAGCGACCACACCAGAGCCUAUCACCAACGGUACACCUGAUCCAGGCCCGGAUUCCAAACCAAGCCCAGAUCACGCUGAUGUUAUCGGAGGCACGGGUCCCAAAGCAGCCCCACCUAAAACCCCUGAGGUGGAGCUGAAAUCUGGUGAUGCCGUAUUAGAGGCCAGCAAAGAUGGCACUGUGGCUGAGGAUUCAACCACCACCUGAGAACUGCCCCUGCAAAAACACAAGGGAAGCCCCACAGAUCUUCUCCAUCUCCCACCACUGUAGACAAUCGAACACCCCCUACCAAAUGUUGAAGAAACCACUGAAACUGGGGCGAGGGCUUUGGUUUAACAUGUCUAAUGCCUGAACACAGUAUUACUUUGAUAAUGGUAUCUCACUUGUCUAUCACUAACAUAACCUUUCAGACUUUCUGAUUCAGAAAAACUUCACAUAACAAAUGCGGCUCGUUGAUUGUUAAACAUUUUAGCUGUACACACCGUGCUGGUGUUUUUUUAUUUCAUUGGGUAACUCCACAGUAAAACUGCCAGACUUCGAAUGAAAUCCUCUGCAGAGUUUACAACAUAACUGUUAACCCCAUAUAUAAGGUCUUUUCUAACAUAAUGAGGUACCCAGAAAGGUUUACAAGAUUUUAUUAAUACAAAUACAAACUAGAAUUCCUUUUUACUUUCCUUUUUCCUUUCCUUUUAUUUUACUUCAACUAACCACCCUUUCCCAUAAUGAUGCUUGUUCUUCUAUCAGCAUGUGAAUAAAACAAAAUGCAUGCACUUUUCAGCCACUGUCGUCUCAAACCUACUAAAAUAUGUGAUGACAUUCUUUUGAUUGGACAUAAUCAAAACAGAAAUCAAAGCCCUUUUGAUUACACAAACCACAACCUGUUGUUUGGCAUUUUGUACAUAGCUGAAAUGUGGAUGUUAUAUGCUUGUGCCAGUCGUGUGGCCUCAGAAACAUCUGCAAUACGCCAUCACAUAUAGCAAAAAGAUGAAUUUUGCAUAGUUUUAUCCACACAUGAAAAUAUACUAAUAAUACUAACCCAACUAUUUAUAGUCUGUAAGAUUGAGAUUCAGACCCCUAGUGGAUAUCUCAGAUGAUUAAAAUGCAUUUUGCAGAUGGAUCCCUCAAGUCCGGAUCAACCAUUUUACUGUCUUUGAUCUGGAUUUUUUCCAGUGGCUCUACAAAAUUCCAUUACUCUUCAAUUAUAAUAGGAAGCUCAUGCCGGCAGAAACUCCAGGCACUUAACGGGACCACCAUGUUCCCACUGUACGUUGGGCUUUCCAAAGGUGAAAUACUGAAUGAAAGUGUUUGGUAAGUUCAAAUAGUUAGAAAGUGUUUACUCGUUUCUCUGUUUUCUUUUUCUUUCAUUAUCCUUUCUUGCUCCCUUCCUUGUCUUUGUCAAGUUUUUUUUUGUCUAUCAUUCCUUCCAUGAACCUUUUCCAUUCUUUCCUUACCUUGCUCUCUGGGCAUCAUUUUAAACUACUUGCUUGUUCACUUAGUUCAAAAUAGAUAUUAAGUCCAGAAUAUGUGGUUUUGCUAACAAUGACAGAGAGUAGUUCCUGUGUUUUUUGGCCUGUUAAUAUUUGGAAAAAGUAGAAACAUUUAUGCCAAGCAUCUUUAAUGUCUCCAAAAUAGUCCUACGAGGCCUUUAUCAUUACCACAACAUUGUCUGUCCAGAGCUGGUCUAUGUGAGUUUGCAGGUUUGCGGAUGUUCAGUGAACACAAAUGAAACUUAGUUUAAACUUGUGUGGUAAAGAGGAGGUGUGCAGAUACAGUUUUCAUGUGACAAAAUGCAUGUCUCUACCUCAUGUUUUAACUGACCACUGAAAAAAAAACAGUGACAGUCCAGGUUUGAUGCACUGAAAUCAACAAGAAGCAUUUUGGACUUUUGAGAAAAGCACAAUAAGACAGCCAUGAUAGUUCAAUCAAUCAGUGAGAUGUUGAAAAAUUGUAAGUAGAUUGAUCAACAACCAACUGGCCUUUUCUUGGUAGCUUUCCUGACUAAUACAUUUUUCUUAUAAGUAAAUUGAUAUCGGAGAUAUGUCAAGCCAUAAGAUUUGAUACUGAAACCAAUAUAAUAAAUAAAGUAAAACUACAAAAAAAUUAGUAAUAAUAAUAAAAAUCAAGGUGCCUCGAUGAUAGAUGGACAAACAGCAUCAGACUUUCAGGUCACAUGUAUUGAAAUUGAACAAAGGUAAUCUAAGGCUUAGAUAAUGAAACACAGUGGAUAUGCCUAAUUUCCAGCCUGGACCUGCGAAGGAACCACACACCUAUUUUGGCAAUACUGAAAAUGGUCUUUAUGCAGACAUACAGAACAUCACACACAGAUAAACAAACCAGACACACACACUCCAGCCUUGUAAAUAUUGCAUGUGUACGCCAGUUUAACCCCGUUAAGACUGAAUGUUUUUAGUGUAUAGUACGGUUGUUGUAUUAUACUUAAUAAUAAAAAAAGAAAACUAAUUUAAAUUUCUCACCAACCUUAAAUCCAGAAUAUAGAAUAUAUACACAUACUAUAUACUAUUUACACUAAUUUUCACUAACGUGUUGAACUAAUUUAAGAACAAAAUAUUGUAAAAAUCCAUCAAGACUAUACUAGAUCUUUUUAGAUCAAUUAUCUGCUAUUGUUGCCAUUCCAACCUGAUGAUACUCACAUCUUACAGUAUCUCUCACAGUACUUACAUGUUGUAUUAAAAUGUUUAACCUAUGCCACUUAAAGCAUUGACUGCAGCAUGCCCACGACAUGUUCUGAACAACAAGCUUUUAUUGUCCUACAGUUGUUUCUGUGUGUGUGUGUGUGUGUGUGUGUGUGUGUGUGUGUGUGUGUGUGUGUGUGACCAGAGGAGUGAUGUUUUAAUGUUGCCAUCAUUGUGCGCUGGGGAUCUAUGUGUUUUAAGUGUGUGUGCCCAUGAUGCACGUGUGUAUGAGUGUGAUUGAUUUAAGACUAAGUGUGUGUGUGUGUGCACCGUUUGUACAGAAUGCAACCACUGUUCCUUCAUGUGAGCUUUUCCAUCCGUUGUGAGUAAGGUAUCCAUGUGCCUGCUUAAAUCGUGUUGCAAUGUGAACAAAACAAGUGCUGUGUUGAAGUCAUGAGUGUGAAUGUGUUUAAAACCACAAAAAAUAUUGUAAACAAUAUUGUAACUUUGAGAUAUUUGAAUGAUUCUCGUCUUUGUUUUAGUGCCUAAAAUGUGUAUUGGAUAGUCGGUCUGUACUCUGUCAUUAGCCGACACUUCUAAUGGCACCUUUUUCUUAAUAAGUAGGGUAUUCACAGAUGUAGAAGCUGUUAGCACACCUGACUGAACAAAGCGAUGAUAUGAUAAUGUGUAGGAGAUGUAUGACGUAUUGUAUGAGAACGUUAAAAGUGACAGGGAAAGUCUGACUUUGAGGUUUCCCGGGUGAUUAUGUGUAGCAUAAAGAAUGCUGAGUGUGCUUCAUUUGUGAGCGAGGGUGUUUUCCAUUGCAUCAAUCAAGUCUGUAGCGCAGUUCAGAGUAUGUGAGGGAAUUCUUGAUGGCAGCAGAUGAAUGACAAAGCUUUGUGUGAGUAGCCCUGAGGGUUGUGUUGUGAUAAGCACCUGAUGAGAGACUGCCAAAACAGCAUUUCCUUGUACCACCACUACUGAAUAUUGUCAGUGAUUGUAAUACCAAGCCACUCACACAGUGAGUAGGGAAGUGAGAGAGGCGGAGAGUGCAUUAGUGGGUAGGGCGAGCCUUUGGUUUACACAUUAUGAGUAUCUCAGAGAAGGCUCAUUCUAGUGGAAUUGCAGUUAUUAUAUCUAACAGGUACCAGAGGGAUUCUGGUUUCAUGUCCACCUCUGAUAACCCACUAAUAGAAACCACUACUGUUAAUACCACUGGCACUACUUGCACUAUGUGAGUUCUCUCUGCCCCGAUCCUCUCUGUUUACUUCUGCUGUGCUGGCCUGGGUGUGGUGUGACGUUCCUCAUGUUCUCUCUGUACUCCCUUUUUGCACAACACUUCACACAGAUGUUUUGUAAAGAAAAUGAUUUUUUUUUCUUUAUUUCAUGUCUAAAGGAAUACUAAGAAUAAACAAAAGAUUAUGACA